AUGGGCAAGGGAGGAAGACUUAAGGGAGCACUGGGCUCUUACCAGGCCGCUGCUGCGAAGAAGGCCGCCGAGGCGAAGAAGGCUGCGAAUGCGAAGGCCAAGGCGAACGCGCCCCAGAUGAACGAGAAGGCGAAACGGGCUGCGAAGCGUCAGCGCCGUGAGCGCGAGGUGGCUGAGGCUGCAGCUCGUGCCGAAGCACGCAAUGCGAAGGACAAGGCUGCGGCUGCGCGAGCUGGAGCUGCCGCAUCCACCGCAACGGCGGAAAGCUCGAACGCUGUGCUUCGCAAAGCUAUCAUCCCCAUCAAGUCGGACGACACCGUUCUCCUCCUCGGCGAGGCCAACUUCUCCUUCGCCCUUGCGCUCGUUAAGGGACGAGGACACGCUGGACACCUCGUCUGCGCAACGAGCUACGACUCCGAGGCGCAGUGCUACGAGAAGUACCCGGACGGCAAGGAGAACGUCGAUGCUCUGCGCGAGGCUGGCGCUCGCGUUGUCUUCAACGUCGACGCGGGAGCGCUCGAGAAGAGCAAAGCGAUCGGCAAGGGACGCCGCUGGUCUCGCGUCAUUUUUAACUUUCCCCACUGCGGAAGCGGCAUGACGGACCAGAACCGCAACAUCCGCGAGAACCAGGUCAUGCUCCUGCGCUCGCUGCGGAGAGUCUCGAACGUGCUCAGCGACGGACCGCCAGAGGUUGAGGAGAAGAAGAAGCGGAAACGGAAGCCGCAGGAGUCUGACUCCGAGUCGGAAGCCGAGGACGACUUUGAGGGUUUCGAUGACGACGAAGACAACAUGCCGAAGACGAAGGGCUAUGCGCCGAGCUCGUUCACGACGCCGAAUCGCCAGGGCUCUUUCCUCAUCACACUCCUGUCGCAGCCGCCAUACAGCCUGUGGGACGUCAAGGGUCUCGCGACCCGACCGCCGCCCGUCUGCCCCGGUACGCGCGAAGCUCAGCCACGUUACACCCUUAAGCGCAGCUUCGAGUUCGUUCCCGCCGUUUGGCCAGGUUACGCACACCGUCGCACGAUCGGCUGGCGCGAGGGACUCAGCAAGGAUGACAACGAGGAGAUUGUCGGUCGCAUCGGCAAAGCCCGCACGUGGGAGUUCGUCCUUCGUGAGGAGGCAGAGUAG